AUGGGAGCUGGCCAUGCCCGAAGUCGUUACCUUAACCGCAAGGAGGGGGAUGCCGAAGGCAGGGCUAGUGACUGGAGUGAAGUCGUAACAAGUGAGAUCUCAAAUCAACUGAUUGGUCUUAUGAUAUAUCUCAGUAUCGAGGAUGAUACCCAAGAUCUGUAUUUGUUUAUAAACUCUCCUGGCGGAUGGGUAAUACCGGGAGUGGCUCUUUAUGAUACUAUGCAAUUUGUGCAACCAGAUGUACAUACAAUAUGCAUGGGAUCAGCCGCUUCAAUGGGAUCUUUUAUCCUGGUCUGCGUCUCCACUGGAUCUGUUCCCGGAAGUACCCUCAAAAAAAGGAACCUUUGCUCUCCUCAGCCAUUUCGGGUUAAGAAGAUGUCAAAGCGCCUUUAUCUCUACUUUCUCUCUAUAAGAACGGCGCGUUCCGAGGUGUGA